CAAUUGAGUCUCGAGGCCUAAAAAUGGGGCUUAAUCUCGUGCUGCCUAUUUGGCACUUUGAUUGAUGCUGCACUCCAGUCGGCAAGGCUGCCCGAGCCAAAAGGGAAGAAAAAAAAACAGACAAUCGCUUUUAGUAUAGCCUCACUCUCACACACUUACACUCUCACAAACACGCACGCACACACACGCACACACACCCACACACACACGUAUUAGAUAACGACUGGAGCGAGAGCUGAAGACGUUUUAAAGGACCAAGAUAAGGCGCGCUGCGUGGAGCACCUCUGUACCUCGCGGGGGGCUCGCGGGGGCCAUGGAUCAUAUUGGAGCGCAUCUCCAGCACAUUCACGCGGAGCCCAUCAGCUUCGGGAUCGACCAAAUCCUUAACAAUGUGGACCAAAGCUGCAUGCUCGGCGAUCGGAUGCCCGAGCCGGACUAUGGCCUCGGCUGCGUCGUCAGCACUGCCUACAACACCAUGACUAGUAACUUCACCGGCGACAACUCUGGAUAUAACAGCAACGCAUGUGGGGUCGCCAAUCUGAGCGGCACCUAUAACAUGAACAUGGGGAUGAACGUCAGUGGGAAUAACGUUAACACAGCUGGAGUCAUCCGUGUGCCCGCGCACCGGCCUCUGAACAGUGGACACUCGUCCAUCUCCUACGGCAUGUCCACGAUGCCAGGCUCGAUUAACAACCUGACGGGAUUUACAUUCCCCUGGAUGGAGAGUAACAGAAGAUACACCAAAGACAGGUUCACCGUGGCGCUCUCACCCCUCACUGUAACACGUCGUGUAGGUCACCCGUACCAGAACCGGACGCCCCCCAAGAAGAAAAAGCCCCGGACGUCUUUUACUCGCCUGCAGAUCUGCGAGCUGGAAAAACGCUUUCACCGUCAGAAGUACCUGGCUUCCGCAGAGCGAGCGGCUUUGGCCAAGGCCCUCAAGAUGACUGACGCACAAGUCAAAACAUGGUUCCAGAACAGAAGAACAAAAUGGAGGCGGCAGACAGCUGAGGAGAGAGAAGCAGAGCGACAGCAGGCCAACCGGAUCCUCAUGCAACUCCAACAGGAGGCUUUUCAGAAAACGAUAAACCAACCGGCAAACCCGGACCCGCUGUGCCUGCAUAACAGCUCCCUGUUCGCGCUUCAGAACCUCCAGCCAUGGACUGAGAACACCGCCAAAAUCAGCAGCGUGUCCGCCUGCGAAUAACAAACUCUGACCGCAUUUCUUUUCUCUUCUUUUUGAAAGUGAGUGGGGUCAUAGCGAACAACUUUUUAAGAUCAUCAACUUGAAAAAUAUGACUCAAGAGGACCUGGAUUUAUCUGACUGCCUCAAAAAAGGUUUAGGUUGAGAGCAUGGAGUGAACAAGGAGCUCAUAGCCACCGGAAGUAGGGGUGUUGAGGGUGCUGCAGCACCCCCUGAUAAAUCAUAAUUAAAUACACAUAUACAUACACAUACAUACAUAUGUAUUUAUAUAUAUAUAUCAAUAUAAAAUCAACAAUAUAUAUAAAAUCACCAAAUUAGUGCACUGGACCUUAAUGACUCUGUAUGAGUGGAGAAAAAUAGUCGUUAAUGCGGGGAUAUUUUUUCUAUCUCAGCACCCUCACCCGGAAAAAUCUUCCUGCAGCCAUGCACGAGUCCAUUAGCAACAUGCUUUUAGAGGACUGUGCAAUAGUUCACCUUAUCUUCCUGAUUUUAGGUGAUAACAUUUUUAGCAGUUGUAUUAAUUGUCAUUUUCAAUCAAAUAUAGUCCAGUUCUAACUAUGAACUAAGACGAUAGCUAGAUUCAAAUAAGUGAGCACUUCUUUUAGCACUUUUCUCCUAGAGGAAAACUUUGACAUAUUCAUUCAUACCUGAUCAUUUGAGGAAUAGGCCUAAUUCAAGAAAAAUGUAUUGGUUUCAAAAAUAUGAAUUUGCUGGUAUAGAUUCACUAGCCUGCCUGUGUCUCAUAACAGGGAUGUUUAUAUCAACCGUUUAUAUUGAUAGCGAUGGUUAUGAAUCGCUUUUAGCAGUUAUGCAACCCCUUUAUCUCUUUGCAAGGGAAUAAUCAGUGACAAAAGGUUCAAAUGUACCACCUCAUCAAGUUUCUGUUAUAAAUUAUUCAUUAUCUUUUACCUCUUACCACAUUACACAAGCACUUACUAAUUUGGAUUAUACUUUAUUGCACUCUAGUAGAGUUACCUGGUAUUUGCAGAAAUUGGGUUAUACAGUUGCCUGAUCAUUGUACAAUAUUAUUUGUUGUCUUUGUCUUUCAAACAAGCACAAUGUUAGCAAUAUGAACAUGGCUUUGAAUUGGUUGAAGUGUAAAUGUAUUGUUUUUUUCGUUAAGUAGCCUAUCCAUUGUUACUGCAUAAUGUAAUUUCUUAAUAAAUACCAGGUAAACAGCUGAAUUAUGACUGUAAAAUAAGGUGUUAUUUGUUCAACUUUCUUGUACUCUAUAAUCCUAUAAUCAUUUCAGUUAUGUUGAUCCAUUUAUACGUAGGCUAGAAUUAUAAGGCCAUAUGAAAUAUAUUUUUAAAGAAUUAAUACAGCAGUGUUGUACUUUGUGUAUUUGUCAUAUUUUGUUUUAAACCAACGAUUAUGCAUCUUGGAGUACAUGGAGUGAACUACAUUGCUGUGUAUGGGACAACUGAUGGCCAAAAUUCCCUCUUUGACUAUAGGAUCCAUCCCUGAUAUACCUGCCCUCUAUUAGUCAAUACCAGACCUUUAUAAUGGGUGUUUCCAGCAAGUGAUUGAUACUGGUUGCAUGAUCAUGAUGAAUGUCUACAUUUUGGAAUAUGCAGCUGUGUAUUUUGUGUGUUAGUUAACAUUCAUUGCAACUGUAAAGUGUGUGUAUGUGUGUGUUGAUCGUAUCCAGCUGUAGGACAGUGUGUUUGUGAGUUAGUCCAGGGCCUCUCCCCAUGGUCAAAAAGGAAUGUAGGGUAGAAUUGCCUCAUCUACUCGGAAAUAUCAGCACUGCAGCGUCACUUAAGUGGCUUUCCCAAAACUCCUGAAAUUCUAAAACCGAGCAGGCAUGAUGGCUUUCAGUUUUUUUCAAAGCCCUCAAUGGAAAAAGGUGGUAAAAAUGGCUGAAAAUGUAAAAGAAGUGGACAAGUGCAGUGAGCGGCAGAUUGAGAGCUUAAUAUGUAAGAAAGCGUAACACCUUCCAUUUUGUUCGUUGUCCUCAACCUUUUCAGUUUUAGUUUGAUCCGUAUUCUUUAUUUAUGGUUUCGUUAAAUUACAAUUAUUUAGGCUUGUUUUAUGUCAUCAAAUACAGUUCCUGCAUGCAUUUCAUUACUGAAGUAAUAUGUUAUUGUAUUUCUACCAAGUGAGCGUUUACUGUUUGUUUUGUCUGCCACAAUUCAGUUGCAAAUCCACAAUCUAACAACAUUCGUAUAUCUUGACACAGCCACAAAUAAUGUUCAGUUCUUGUGCUACUGCUAUUAUUCUGCACCCUCUUUUGUACCGUAUGAAAAGUGUUCAUUUCCACAAACAUGUUCUACGUUUGAUCUCACUGCGCUUUGCCUUCUUAUGAUCUGUAAUGCUGCAAUGCAUUCAUCACUACACAAUCUCCAAAUUAGCAUUAACCAGGACUUACAGCUUAGUAUCCUGUUUAUAGCACAGUAAUGUAUGAUUCUGCCACAGUAAGUCACAGAAGCCCAUGCAUUUUUCAUUCACCACCAGGGAAAUAAAGCAGUAUAUUCUUAACAUCAUCAAUAAGAAGUUGAAACAUAAUUAUCAAUAAACCGAUCUCUGUCAUGUCCUUCAUUGCUACAAUUAAUUUGCAAUGAAUCCUAUUGCUAUAUAAAAAUGAUUGUAUGACUCAAAUUAGCUACAGUAUAAUCUAUUCUUGGCUUUACACACACGAAUCACUGUACCAUUCAAAGCCAUUGUGUAGUCUAUGUCUCUGAAUUUGAAAUGUAUGAAUGGAGCGAGUUUUUUUUUCUCAUUUUGAACUGCAUGCAAAAUCAAUUGUCUAUUGCAGACUUUAUUCUGCAAUUAUUGUUUAAUCAUAUUCUUGAACAGAAUAUGGCAAUUUGUAUGUUACAUUUUUUUAUUAAAUGAUUCAUGCUUUUG